CACUAAUCCCAGCCUGCUGACUGGACCGCGCCCCCAGUGGAGGCAACCUCCAGGCUCCCCAGGAGGACGGCGGACGCAGGCACCAGGAAGCCCUAAGGAGAGCUCGUAGGGAGGAGGCCGCCUGGAGAGGCCAGCACAGAAGUGAGGCCCUUAUUUUUCUGAGGACUCUGAGUCUUCCAGAGAGGCAGCAUGUCAGAGGGCGUGGGCACGUUCCGAGUGGUCCCUGAAGAGGAACAGGAGCUCCGUGCCCAGCUGGAGCGGCUUACAACCAAGGACCAUGGACCUGUCUUUGGCCCGUGCAGCCAGCUCCCCCGCCACACAUUACAGAAGGCCAAGGACGAGCUGAACGAGCGGGAGGAGACCCGGGAGGAGGUGGUGCGAGAGCUGCAGGAGCUGGUGCAGGCCGAGGCGGCCUCCGGGCACGAGCUGGCCCGGGCGGUGGCCGAGCGCGUGCAGGGAAGGGACAGCGCCUUCUUCUUGCGCUUCAUCCGCGCGCGGAAGUUCCACGUGGGGCGCGCCUACGACCUGCUCAGAGGCUACGUGAACUUCCGGCUGCAGUACCCCGAGCUCUUCGACAGCCUGUCCCUGGAGGCGGUCCGCUGCACCGUGGAGGCCGGCUACCCUGGUGUCCUUUCCACUCGGGACAAGUAUGGCCGGGUGGUCAUGCUCUUCAACAUCGAGAACUGGGACUCUGAAGAAAUCACCUUCGAUGAGAUCUUGCAGGCAUAUUGUUUCAUCCUGGAGAAGCUACUAGAGAAUGAGGAAACUCAGAUUAAUGGUUUCUGCAUCAUUGAGAACUUCAAGGGCUUUACCAUGCAGCAGGCUGCCGGACUUCGGGCUUCUGAUCUUAGGAAGAUGGUGGACAUGCUCCAGGAUUCCUUCCCAGCCCGGUUCAAAGCCGUCCACUUCAUCCACCAGCCGUGGUACUUCACUACCACCUACAACAUGGUCAAGCCUUUUCUGAAGAACAAGCUGCUCCAACGGGUCUAUGUCCAUGGAGAUGACCUCUCUGGCUUCUUCCAGGAGAUUGAUGAGGACAUCCUGCCCUCCGACUUUGGGGGCACACUGCCCAAGUACGACGGCAAGGUCGUUGCUGAGCAUCUCUUUGGCCCCCGGGGCCAAGCUGAGAACACAGCCUUCUGAGGACGUCUCCUGCCAUCCACCUUUAGUUAGCAACCCCCAACUCUCCUCAGCCGUCCUGGGCCCAGAAGCUUGGGAAAAGGGCUGCCUGAGGUGGCUGUGGUUCCCCCGAACCCCCCUAAGCUUGGAUGAAUUCAGGUGUCACCCUCCUCCCAAGUGGGGGGGCAAUAAAGCAGGGGCAAUUCUCUUGAACACGAAGAAUUGGGGACAGUUAUAUUCCUACUGCCUCUGAAGCUGAGGACAGUGACUUGUGUGGGGUUGAGUUUCAAAGACUCUAAGCUUCUCGAUGAUUUCCUUUCUAGCAGUUCUACCUCUUAGGGUCUGUGAAAACAGGCGAGGAGGCUGAU